CUGCGCAAUAUUCAAAUAAAGCGCCAAACGGAUAUAUUUUUCAAGAUUUUCGGUCAUGCGCGAGCUGCCCGGGUACCAAUACACGUUUUACUUGUAGGUGAUCGGGUACACACAUUCAUAAUCGCCGACUAUCAGUACUCGGAAAAUCACGGACACAGGCAAAGAAAAUCACGCACACUUCCAUCCAAUCUCUGUGUACACUGUGCAGGUAUGGGGGUUUCACGCACACUGGCACCGCGUCAACCCUGCGAUGCUGUGUACAUUAGUCUCCUUCUGGGUACCGUGUCGUAAGGACGUGUAUUUGAUCACCAUUUUAUGACGUUCGGGAGUGUAACGAUGUGAACUCGGUAUCAUAAGAGUUAACUCGAGUGUUAAGCCUUUCACAAGUUUGUAUGGAUAGUGGAUGCUUCAAACUUUUUCAGUGUAUUUAUGUGGAGUGUUGAUACAGUUGUGUGAAAUUUUAAAGGAAAUGAAAUCGGCAUUCUUUGGAUAAAUUAGUAGAGAAUGCACCCAAAACGCGACCGGCACGGCAUCCAAGUGGGGCACAACAAAUGGAGGAUGAGCUGAGCCAUGGGUGCUAUGUGGCGGACGUUGGAGAUGCCGGUCUGGCGCGUCAGCUACCGGCUCGAGAUUGGGCUCGUCGUCAUAGUCAUCAUGGUGCUUGGAUUCUUUAAUGAAAGUCAAGGAACAGCGCACUACGGCGAGGACAGUGUGGGCUCAUUCCCGUACUUCGAGUACAACGUACCGCGCAACGUCACUACCGUGGUCGGGCAGACUGCCUUCCUGCACUGCAGGGUGGAGCAGCUUGGAGAUAAGGCCGUAUCAUGGAUAAGAAAAAGAGACCUCCAUAUACUUACAGCUGGGAUAUUAACUUACACAUCAGACCAGAGGUUUCAGGUGAUAAGACCGGACAAGUCCGAGAACUGGACGCUACAGAUCAAGUUCCCGCAGGAGCGGGACGCGGGCAUUUACGAAUGCCAGGUCAACACGGAGCCUAAGAUGUCACUGGCUUUUCAGCUCAAUGUUGUAGAAGCCAAGGCUCACGUGCUGGGCCCGGCCGACUUGUACGUGAAGACGGGCAGCUCGCUAAAGCUGACCUGCGUCUUGAGCCAGGGCCCGCAUGACCUCGGCACCAUAUUUUGGUAUAAGGGAUCAAAAAUAAUAGAGUAUAAGGAAGUAGAUGCGAACGAAAUCAUAGAAGAGCCGCGAGUCCGGUUGAAGACCGAGUGGACAGAGCAGCUGACGUCUCGGAUGACCAUAGAGAAGCUGUUGCCAGGUGACAGCGGGAACUACAGCUGCGUGCCGACGAUGGCUGAGGCGGCUUCAGUUAAUGUCCAUGUCAUUAAUGGAGAACACCCAGCUGCAAUGCAACACGGGAACGCAAACACAGCAUCACCUUGUGCUCUGUCAGUAAACCUCCUCAUCUCACUGUACUGCACUCUGGCCACCCUGUACACCAACACAGUGGAGGGCUUCAGGUGAAAACUGGUACAGCUUAAACAAAUGUUUGAGCAAAUGUUUGAACAAUUUGUAAAUUUACUAAAUUUUAUGGAUUGAAUUUUAUAUGUCAUGAUAGAUGUAAAAAAAUAAUGGUGUAAAUGUAAAU